GUUGUGAUUGGAUCAAUAAAGAAGUCCUUAUGGCUGGUCUAGAAGAGCUAAAAAAGAAGUUGGAGCCCUUGUUUGAUGCAGAGAAGGGGCUGUCAUUCGGAACGGUGAUGGACCCUUCUGAAUCAUAUAUGGCUUUGCUACAAUGAUAUUCGAAGUCGGAGUAUACAUAUCUGCAUGUUCCUAUGUCCUUUUUUCAUGACACCUAAUGUGGAAUAGCUGGAAGAUCAGUUCGCUGCUUCAGACUUGGAUUACCUUAUCAAACUUUCAAUCAUAUAUUUUAACAAAAAUACCAUGAAACAUGUGUUUGGUGGAGUACAUACAGUGUCAAUCACUUGAAGAAAAUUGGAAGAGAAUAUCAUCUUCUUUUUGUGAACAUACCAUUCUUACUGAUAAGGAAUGUGUCUUCUCUUAGCCCUAGUGGAUAACAUGUUGGCUACAAUUUUCAUGGUUGUUUCCAUAUCUGCUUGAUCUCAUGUAACCCGGAAUGAUAAUUAUUUCCCUCAUGUUUUUUCUUGUACGGUUAAAGGUAUCAGAUGGUGGAACUGUCAAUUUAUUGAGCAAAUCAUGUGGAGUAUACAACGUGAAUGAGCUUGGCUUCCAAAAACGUCAGGCAGAACUUGUAGAGGAGCCUGAAAACAGUGAAAAAGUCUAUCGUUGUUCAUCCCAGGAAAUGCAUAUUUUUGGGACCAUAGGUUCUGGAGCAAGCAGUGUUGUACAGAGAGCCAUUCAUAUGACCAUCCAUCGUGUUUUGGCCUUAAAAAAGAUAAAUGUUUUUGAGAAGGAAAAAAGGCAGCAACUUCUUAAUGAGAUGCGGACACUGUGUGAUGCAUGUUGUUACCAGGGUCUUGUUGAAUUUCAUGGGGCAUUCUAUACACCUGACACAGGGCAAGUUAGCAUUGUUUUGGAGUACAUGGAUGGGGGGUCACUUGCGGACGUUUUGCGAUUACAAAGGUCUAUACCUGAGCAUAUCUUGUCACGCAUGCUUCCUAGAUUGUUGGGUGCACUGAGCUACUUGCACAAAGUAAGACAUUUGGUUCACAGAGAUAUAAAGCCGGCGAACUUGCUUAUAAAUCUCAAGGGUGAACCGAAGAUCACUGACUUUGGUAUAAGUGCAGGCUUGGAUAGUUCUGUAGCUAUGUGUGCUACCUUUGUUGGCACUGUUACCUACAUGUCACCAGAGAGAAUUCGCAGCGAGAACUAUUCUUACCCUGCUGAUAUUUGGAGCCUUGGUUUAACUUUAUUGGAGUGUGCUACUGGCAAGUAUCCAUACACGGCAAAUGAUGGACCUGCUAAUCUCAUGUUGCAGAUUUUGUAUGAUCCAUCUCCUUCGCCUCCUAGACAUUUAUUUUCACCAGAGUUCGGCUCAUUCAUUGACUCUUGUCUUCAGAAAGAUCCCGAAGCACGGCCAACAGCAGAUGAUCUUUUAGAGCAUCCAUUUCUUAGGAAGUAUGGAAACUCAGAUGAGGAGUUGGCUGCAUAUGCUCGUAAAGUUUUUGAUCCAACUAAGCGGUUAAAGGAAAUGGCAGAUAUGCUUGCUGUCCAUUACUAUUUGCUUUUUGAUGGAGGUGAUGAGAUUUGGCAUCACAUGAAACCCUUCUAUAAUGAAGCCUCGACCUUCAGCUUCUCUGGGAAGCUGUUUGCAGGGUCAGAUGAUAUAUUUAGAGCCUUAUCAGACAUUCGGAAAAAGUUAGCUGGCGAUCGGCCAUGUGAAAAGCUUGUGCAUGUUGUGGAAAAACUUCAUUGUCGGGCGCUAGAAAAUGAUGGUAUUGGCAUUCGUGCAUCAGGAUCUUUUAUUAUAGGGGAUCAGUUUCUCAUAUGCGGCGAUGGAGUAAGAGCAGAGGGAAUGCCCAGUUUUGAUGAAUUAUCAAUUGAUCUUGCCAGUAAACGGAUGGGAACAUUUCAUGAGCAGUUCUCAAUGAUUCCGGGUAGCGGUAUUGGUACUUUUGUCAUAGCAAAGCAGGAGCUGUACAUACUAAAGCCAUAAGAAUCACCUAACCUGAACAAUGGUUGAAGUUUAAUAAUGGAACUCUCUUUAAAAUCAUUGAAAAGCGGUUAUCUUUUGCCAACCAUAUUGAAUGAGGAGCUGCUGUCUGUCUGGAUGCUACAUUGGACAAGGUUAGGUACAAGAUCUUUGAUGUGCUCAGUAAUGUUCUCAAAUCAUGGAAGGUGCAUUUUUGGAGCUUAUUUUGUACCAGUCCCUACACUGUUUAUGUUUAUUGUCAGGUAUUUGGAAUGCUGUACAUACGAAGUUUUAAACAGUAUUAUCAAUACAUUUUGAAACUAAUGUAUAUAAACUUAGUUCUAUCUAUCUCAAUGCGUUAUUCAA